CUUUAUGUUAAUCACCCGGAAGCGCUUUCACAGAUUUCACCUUUCCUCUCAACCAGCAUGAACCAAACCGAGGACUUGAAUGAAAAGUGAGCUUUCCUGUGAGUGUUUAAAUACUUUGAGCAUUUGAGGAUAUUUCUCUUUUUAAAAAGCAGGAAGUUCGACGUAUUUCCUGUUUGUUUCACCGCUUGUUUAAUGUUUCCACGCGUUCUAAACCAGGGGACACGUUAGCAUUAGCAUUAGCACUUGAGCGCAGCACAAUGUCAACAGCACCGCAGGAACCGACAGGAGGAGCCGCCACCCCCGCGCCUCAGCCCGGCACGAGGUUCAGGAACUGCUGGAGCUGCCGGCUCGUCUCCGGAGGGGGUUUGAUCCUGGCCGGAGCUUAUGUGUUCAUGGCGGCCCGGAGCGUGAUGCGACGAGGCGGACCCACCUCCAUGGGUACCGUGGCGCAGAUCACCUUCGCUGCAAGUCUGGCUGCGUGGGGCAUCGUCGUCAUCGCAGACCCGGUUGGAAAAGCGCAAAGAAAGGACAUGGGGACUCCGAGUACAUAAAUCAAAGAGACUGACAGGAUGAUCAUGUGACACCGAGACAAAUAAGACACUGCCUCCGACGAGUUGCUUUUUGUUGCAAGAGCAUCCAGCAGGUUUGGAGUUUAUCAGCUGCUUAAAUUAAAAUGGGAAGAUGUGACGUAUUUUACUAAAAUGUUGUUUUGAAAGUGUUUGUCGUCACUGAAAUGUUUUGCACAUGACUAAUGGAAGUGUGGCAGCUGUGCAUCAGUAAUGCUUUGACGUGGAUCACUUUCCACAUCCUGCACGUUGGUUUAACGUCACUGAUGGCCUCUCUGUAUCAUUAAACCAAUACCAUGUAGCUGUUACAGAGGAACAGCGCCCCCUGCAGCCACACAUGGUGAAUAGUUAUGUUCUAUAAGGGCUGUCUCUUUACAGCAGAGGGGGCGAUAACUGCCUGCUUGACCUUUACCCUGCCCUCUCGACAGAUCAGUAAAGUAAGCCUGUGAUAUGUAUUAACAUGGAGGACGCUGGCAUCAUGAUAAGCAAUCAGGCCUCUGGGGUGAGAUGUGGGAAUGAAAGCAGCAUCAUUCUUUCUCCUCCAUAUCAGCGUGCGAUCAAACUAACUUUGUGGCUGCUAUAUUAAGGUAAUCUGGUAAAAUAGUGUUGCUUUUAGUUUUGACCAUGAGCCUGCACACACGUGGGUUAGUCCUGGCGCUGGUGUCAUAAAUGCAUCAGUCCAAGAUGCUAUAACUUGGACAGAGUCCUGAAUGUCAAAGCUCUUCUCUGUUGAUAUUUUGGUUUUGCUGUGGCUGCUUGAAUCACCUGAAUUUAAAUCAUUUCUAAAUAUGUUUGAAUAAAUAAACAUUUUCAGUCACA